AAAACGAAAACGUUAAAAGGUUGAAAAAACGAAAACGUUAAAAGGUUGAAAAAGAUCCGCCAUUGUCGGAGAGCGAGAGUGAGAGCAAGAGCGGCAACCCAUGAGUUCCCUGCUCAAGCUUCGAAAGCCCUUAAGCUCUUCUCUCACCACUCUAUCUUUGCAUCGCUUCUCCUCAACUCUCGACUAUGCUUUUCAGAAUAAAAAGGAGGGUACGAGCUUUAUACACCCAACUGCAAUUGUUCAUCCAAAUGCUGUGAUUGGCCAGGGUGUUUCAAUAGGUCCUUUUUGCACAAUUGGUUCUUCCGCAAAACUAGGAAAUGGAUGUCAGUUGCAUCCUUCAAGCCAUAUUUUUGGAAAUACUGAAUUGGGGAACCACUGCAUUUUGAUGACUGGUGCUGUUGUUGGUGAUGAUCUUCCUGGGCGUACUGUAAUAGGAUGGAACAACAUCAUUGGGCAUCAUGCUGUGGUUGGUAUUAAAUGCCAAGACAUGAAGUAUAAGUCAGGGGAUGAAUGUUUUCUGGAUGUUGGAAACAACAAUGAGAUCAGAGAAUUUACUUCAAUCCAUCGAUCUUCAAAGUCAAGUGAUAUAACGGUUAUUGGUGAUAACAAUCUUAUCAUGGGGUCUUGUCAUAUUGCACAUGACUGCAAAAUUGGUAAUAAUAACAUAUUUGCGAACAAUACUCUCCUUGCAGGCCAUGUCAUUGUGGAGGACCAUGCGCACACUGCAGGAGCAAUUGUUGUUCAUCAGUUUUGUCAUAUUGGCUCAUUUGCUUUCAUUGGUGGUGGAUCUGUGGUUUCACAAGAUGUCCCAAAGUACAUGAUGGUGUCUGGAGAGAGAGCUGAGCUUCGUGGUUUGAAUUUGGAGGGUCUUCGUCGUCGUGGAUUCCUAGUCACAGAGAUUAAGUGUCUGAGAACAGCUUACAGAAAAAUUUUCAUGCCCGGUGACACAAAUUCUAUGGGAUUUGAUGAGCGUCUUGCUGAAGUGGAACAUGAUGAAGAUCUGGGUUGUGUUCCUGCUGUAUCUUCCAUGCUCCAGUCCAUUCGUGAUUCUUUUACUGAAAAUCGUCGUGGAAUAUGCAAAUUCAGACAAUGGAGCAGUUCUUGAGAGCAUUGCUGGAGUGAGUUUCAGUUUAUUUAUUCGCUUUGUGUGUUUGUAUGUGUUUUUCAUUACUAGUUACUUUUUGGUCCUACAUCAAUGGCAUCUAAGAGCUAGAGUGAGAACGUAAGCUAGAUAUCCAUUCAGUUGACAGUGGCUUUAUUGUUUUGGUGUGGAUUCAGUUGAACUUGUUUUUGGGUGCGCUUUCUGCUGAUUUUAUAUGACAAUUGUCACAGUUUCAAGCUUUACAGCACCAGUCCGAGAAAGCUCUGGCUUGUUCCACAGAGGUUUGAUCUGUAGUUCUCAGAUAUAAUACAUAUCCAUUGGUUAAAGCUGCUAUUGGUUCAACCACAUUCAACAACACCUUUGUCAGCCAAUCGGCGGGGAUAUAAUCCGUAUUCUUAUCAAGCAGAUUUCAGCAAUCAUAUUAUUUCUCACGUACGGGUCCUCAUCCUCUAGAAUACAAUUUUGGAAACGAUCUCUGUUACUUUCUUUCCUUACUUUCUUUCAGUUUGUGGAUAUGUACCCCAUGACCAAAAUUUUGCCUGAUUUGGGUUCCAUAACGUUCUGUUUCCAAAGUCGCCUUUUUCUUGAACAUAAAGAAAUGAUGUAUGGUUUGUUGAAGAUAAAUGAAGGGGGCUUCUGCUCUGCAGCUAUCUUAGAGCAUGAA